AUGACUCAUAUGGUUAAUAGAAAAGGUAUUGCUCCUACCCAUCUCUUUUUUUCUGAUGACAUUAUGAUUUUCUGUAAAGGGAACAUUAAGAGUUUGAGAAAUCUGGUGGAUUUGUUGGGUUUAUAUCAACGUGCUUCGGGUCAAACAGUAAGUCGAGAGAAGAGUAAACUAUAUUUUGGUGGUGGUUCUUUGAAUAGGAGAGCUACUAUUUCUGCUUUUCUGGGGAUGCCUAUUGCUAUUUUUCCAGAUAGGUAUUUAGGGGUUAAGGUUAUGCCUGAAGCCAUUAAAUAUCAUCAUGUAGCCAAUGUUGUUGAGAAGAUCAAAGAAGAACUUGCAGGUUGGAAGGGAAGGAUGCUUUCUUUUCAAGAUAGAGUGGUGUUGGUAAAAUCUGUGUUAGCUAGUUAUUCGAUUCAUAAUAUGGCUGUUUAUAAGUGGCCAAGAAAAUUUAUUCAUGAGUGUGAAGUUGCAAUUCAGAAUUUUUUAUGGUCUGGUGGUUCAAAAGUGAGUAGGUCUUUUGUUGUGGCUUAUGACAAGAUUUGUGCUCCUUAUGAGGAAGGUGGUUUGGGUAUAACUCAAUUGAGUGUUACGAAUAGAGCGCUUCUUAUGGGUCUUUGGUGGAAAAUUCGUAACUCUAAUAAGGUUUGGGCUCGUUUUCUUCGAGCCAAAUUUUUCAUGAGGAAUGCUAAGUUGGUUCAUUAUGUGAAAUCUUCUAUUCUUACAGCUAUUGCUGAUUUACUUGAAGAUUAUGCUUUGGAUUGUGCUAUUUUGGAAGGUGAUAUGCUGAAUGAAGGAGGCUGGAAUUUGAGUGAAGAAUGUCGGAAUAAUUUGCUAGCUGCUGGUUUCGUUGAAGAGGAUUUUCCUAGGACUUUGAAUGGUGUUGAUCGCAGGGUUUGGAAGCCCAAUUACACAGGUAGUUUUACUGUCAGUUCUGCGAAAUCCUUAAUUCGCAAGAAGUAUGCUAAGCUGGUAGGACCAAAUUUGUUAUGGAGGCCGACUGUGCACCCUGCCUUGGCUGCGAGGAACGGAAAAUACUAA